AUUUAGGUUAAGUAAGGGUUACAGAGCAUUCGAUUCUUCCUCCCCUCGAAGCCGCCGAAGAGAGAGUCGAGAAAGGGAAACAGAGAGCAAGAGAAAAUGAAGACCAUACUCUCAUCAGAGACCAUGGAUAUCCCCGAUGGGGUCAAUAUCAAAGUGAAGGCUAAAAUGAUCGAGGUUGAAGGUCCCAGGGGUAAGCUCACUCGUAACUUCAAGCACCUCAACCUCGAUUUCCACCUCACCAAGGACGAGGAGACCGGCAAGGGUAAGCUCAGGAUCGAGGCCUGGUUCGGUACCAGGAAGACCAGUGCUGCCAUCCGUACCGCCCUCAGCCACAUCGAGAAUCUCAUCACCGGUGUCACCAAAGGUUACCGGUACAAGAUGAGGUUCGUCUACGCUCACUUUCCGAUCAACGCCUCUAUCACUAGCGGCAACAAGUCCAUCGAGAUCCGUAACUUCCUUGGCGAGAAGAAGGUGCGUAAGGUGGAUAUGUUGGAAGGGGUUGCCAUUACUCGAUCCGAGAAGGUCAAGGAUGAGAUCGUUUUGGAUGGUAAUGAUAUUGAACUCGUGUCUCGUUCAGCAGCUUUGAUAAACCAGAAAUGUCAUGUGAAGAACAAGGAUAUUAGAAAGUUUCUCGACGGUAUCUAUGUUAGCGAAAAGGGCAGGAUCGCCGAAGAGGAAUGAUUGUUAUCUCAAGUCAUAGUUAUGGGUGCCAUGUUAUUUUUCUGUCAUGGUAAUUUCUUUGGUACCAUGGUUUUUUGUUGUUUUACCUCUUUAUUUGGAUUACAGCUGCUGAGUAGAAGGAUGUUUAUCUUUAUUUGUUGUGUUGGAAAAUUUUGUCUAGCUUGGUAGGUAAAUUACAUUUGUAGUCACCCAACUAUUUAAUUUUUUUUAUCAAAUAUGUUUGCUUUUAAAA